AUGUUACCUUUGGUCCAUUCUGAAAGGAGUAGGACUUUCUCCCCACCUCCCCUAGGAAAUUGGCUACUCCCUGUCUCUAGAAAAGGUCUAUGUGUCUCCCACUAUGAUAGGGUACUGAGUGAGGUACUGGAGAUCAAGGCAGAUCAACAGAACUCCCUUUUCUUGCAGAGUUUUCAAAGGGCCCUGGGACUUAAGAAGAUGGUGGACAGGUGGCAAAAUUCACACACUCACUGUCUGUGGCAGAUGACAUUAAACCAGAGGAGAAACCCAUAUGCCAUCCUAAGGAUGCAGGACACUAUGGUGCAGGAGUUGGCACUGGCCAACAAGCAAUUACUGAUGGUCCGUCAAGCUGCCCUGCACCAGCUGUUUGAAAAGGAGCAUCGGCAGUACCAACAGGAACUAAAUCAGAUGGGCAAAGCUUUUUAUGUGGAGAGACUCUAAUGGCAUUUGAAACAUUGUCCUUCCAUUCUCACCAUACCUGCUAACCUAGAUUUCUUGAGCCCCACCACCUUCAACUUCCUUCCCAAAACUCACCUGGAUCUAGUUAUGUGCCCAGGACUCCAGACAGUGCUCCAACUCUCACCUCUCGGGCCCCUGUCAACCCCCUGGUGCUAUAGGGGAAACAAUCUAUGAAACAAUGGUAAAAACAAGAGUGACGCCUUGUGGUCAGAGUGACAUAUGCAGUGUUGAU